AUGGAUUCAUUUGAUGCUUAUGGGCCUAAUUCUCAGGCGUUGACGUUUUUUGACCCGGAAGAGAAUGACCUAAUUGGUGGUGAUACCCAGGGGCCCGACUUCGAUUGUGGCGAUUUCACUCUCCCUUCACAGUCGCAAACGCAGGCCUCGCAAAUUGAUCCUGGGAAUGGAAUAGCUUCAAUCAGUCAGCGAUUGUCGGAGAUUGAAAUCAAGGAAGAAGAGCCUGACGAACCUGUCGAACUUCCCGAACACGCUUGUGCUUACUGUGGCAUACAUGAUCCUGCAUGUGUUGUCUUUUGUAAUACCACCAAAAAGUGGUUUUGUAACGGGAAGGGAAACACAUCUGGAAGCCAUAUCGUGAAUCAUCUUGUCCGUGCUCGGGCAAAGGAGGUUACCUUGCACAAGGACGGUCCGUUGAAGGAUACCUUAUUAGAAUGCUACGUGUGUGGUUCCAAGAACGUGUUUCUUUUAGGAUUCGUACCUGCGAAAUCCGAAUCAGUUGUGGUUCUUCUCUGUAGAAGUGGCUGUGCAAAUCAAAAUAAGGAUAUGUAUUGGGAUCCAGCUCAGUGGCAGCCCAUAAUUCAAGGUCGACAGUUCUUGUCGUGGCUAGUGAAAGUGCCAUCAGAAGAGGCCCAAGCCAAGGCACGACAGUUGUCUGCUCAGCAAAUUAAUCUUCUCGAGGAGAUGUGGAAGGAAAACCCUCAAGCAGCUGUCGAUGAUCUUAACAAACCUGGGACCGAUAAUAAAGUUGACCCAGUGCUUCUGAGGUACUCAUGUACUGCGGAGUAUUGCGACACUUUUGUUCCGCUAGUGAAGUUGGAAGCGGAGUAUGACAAAAAGAUCAAGGAAUCUCUGAAAUUGGAAAAUGUAGUUAUACGGUGGGAAACGGCACUUAAUCGCUGUCAUGUGGCGUAUUUUCGUGUUCCAGGCGCAAAUGAAGGUCCUGAGCUCCGCAUUAUGCACGGCGACGAGCUGAUCGUGAUCGGCUGCCUCUCCGUUAUUCAUUAUCCAUUAGAUUUCAGUGACGAGGUGGGUCUCGAAAUGGUGCCAAAGACUGUCCUAUCCAAUGAACCAGCGACUUACAUGAUUGAAUUCAAGUGGAAAUCCACGCCGUUCGAGAGGAUGAUAAGAGCAAUAAAAGAAGUCACUGAUGAAAGUCGUGACUUACUUCCACCAUAUAUUUUGAAUCGCUUGUUGGGUGUUGAGAUGGACGACAUGGUACUCAAAUGCAAUUUGCCAAAACGAUAUUCCGCUCCGGACCUCCCAGAACUUAAUCACAGUCAAGUUUUUGCCGUGAAGACAGUGCUGCAACGUCCGCUUAGUUUGAUCCAAGGUCCGCCCGGGACAGGAAAAACAGUUACAUCAGCCUCAAUCGUAUAUCAUUUAAAUCAAAUUCAUCAGAAAAAGGUUCUGGUUGUUGCACCUAGUAAUACUGCCGUUGAUCAAUUGUGCGAAAAAAUCAGUCGAACCGGACUCAAAGUUGUGCGCUUAUGCGCACGAUCUAGAGAGGCACUUGCAUCGCCUGUUAGCCACCUUAUGCUUCAUAUUCAAGCUCAACAUGUAAAAGGACAUACGGAGUUACGAAAGCUUCAGCAACUCAAAGAUGAAACCGGGGAACUAACGGAAGAUGAUGAAUACCGAUACCGCAUUCUCAAGCGUGAACUGGAACGUGAUCUGCUCCUGGCUGCGGAUGUUAUCUGCUGUACUUGUGUGACUGCAGGUGAUGCACGCCUCAAACCACUCAGCUUUCAUUCCGUUUUGAUUGACGAGUCCACUCAGGCUAUGGAACCUGAAUGUCUCAUUCCUCUUAAUGUCGGAUGCCGUCAAGUUGUGUUAGUCGGUGACCAUUGUCAGCUCGGACCGGUUAUCACUUGCAAAAAAGCAGCCAAUGCGGGCCUUACUCAAAGUUUAUUCGAGCGCUUUGUUUUGCUUGGUAUUCGUCCUAUUCGUUUACAGGUUAGUUUCUACUGGACAUUGGUGCUUUAG